CUCAUCUCUCAGGCCCUUCACUGCUUCCUGUCUCUCCAUCCAUUUUUCGUUCUCCAUUCAAUGUCUGCUAAUCUCCACGCCAACGGCUGGCGAUGACCAUGAACUUACGGCUCACUACCAUCUGCAAUGUUUCGAAUCCUCGAGUCUCAAGCCCCGGCCAAGCAAACGGCAACGGACACCAUCAACACCUUGAGUAGUAGGCUUCAAAAUGCGAUGCUACUCGAAGAUCGUCGGGCAGCAAUACAAGGAUUGAGGAGUUUUGCAAAAGGGUAUCCGGCAUCGGUCGCGUCUGGUGGGCUUCGAGCCUUGAUCAGUAGCCUCCGUAACGACAGCGACGAUGUGGACACUAUCAAGGUGGUCUUGGAGACAUUGUUGAUGUUAUUUGCUCCAGAUGAGAACAGUCCCGAAGCAUCUGAUGAGAUAGCUCUGUGGCUGGCAGAUGAAUUUACUCAGAGACAAGACAAUAUAACAACCCUUCUGGACCUCCUAGAUUCCCGCGAAUUCUACUCUCGUUUGUAUUCUUUACAGCUCAUGUCCCACAUCUGUGCUGCCCGACCGGAACGUACACAGGAAUGUAUCUUUACGGCACCAUUGGGGAUAUCCAGACUGGCCAGUGUACUGAGUGAUUCUCGUGAGCCUGUUCGGAAUGAAGCGCUCCUCCUGCUUAUUGCGUUGACCCCGUCGUCUGAGGAGAUUCAGAAACUCGUUGCCUUUGAGAAUGUUUUCGACCAUAUCUUCGCACUUAUUGAAGCGGAAGGGUCUCUAGCCCACGGAUCGGAAGUCGUCGAAGACUGUCUCUCAUUGUUAGCCAAUCUUUUACGGCUAAACAUCUCCAACCAGUCUUACUUUCGCGAGACCGGCUAUAUAAAGGGGAUAGCAAAACUCCUUGCAGAUGGGAAUGGGGAGCUGGAGGCAGAUGAAACCAUUCCACAAUGGGCUCUUGCUCAUCGGGAUAAAAAUCUGUGGGGUGUCUUCGCUAUAGUCCAGCUGUUCCUAAUCAGAGGUGGUAUCAGCACUCCUGUCAACCAGAUGGCCUUUUGGCAGAGUGGUGUUACGGAACAGGUCUUACGCACUGCCUUUGGCCAAAACUUCAAUGUCAAAGUUACAUCAAAGGCCUUGGAAACAUGCGCAGACUUAAUACGUGGGAAUCCGCUAUUGCAAGAGAAGUUUGGUGACAUUGAAGUUCUUUGGGGUAGUGGGCCUCCUAGCGAACAUGCUGCUAACGGUGCCAACGAACCGAAUGACAUACAAAGGAUCAAUGUUAUUGAAGCACUGCUUAAGUUAACACUUGAGUCUUCCCCUAUUCAGUUGCUAGAUGCACGCCUUGCUGCAUGCGAAUGCAUGAAAGCUUUCUUCGCAGACCACGCUGGCAUCCGUACCCAUGUUUUACGGAGAGCGAUUGAAGGUCAUCUAAGUGGACAAGAUCAGAUACCGAAUAUUCUGUCUGUCUUAGUCAGCCCACCGGAAUUGCGAGGAAAUGCUGACCCAUAUCAAACAUGGAUGGCCUCCGUUUUAAUGCUCCAUCUGCUUUUCGAGUACCCCGAAGGCAAAGCGAUGGCCAUGAAAGUAACUGAGGGAGAUGCUGAGAGUGGCGAAGAGGUGGUCACUUGUGUUCAAGCCAUAACCGGCAAUCUGGUCACCGGAAUGCAACGGGGUGAUGAUGAAAGGAUAUCUAUUGGAUAUCUCAUGUUACUCUGCAGCUGGCUGUUUGAAGAUCCAGAUGUCGUGAAUGACUUUCUUGGAGAGGGGAGCAGUAUCCAAAGUUUGCUGCAGGUCAUUAAGCAGCGUGGUGCAUCCAAUGUACUUGUUCCUGGGCUUUGCACUGUGUUACUUGGCAUCGUCUAUGAGUUCUCUUCAAAAGAUUCACCGAUUUCGCGGGUAACCUUACACAAACUAUUGAUCGAGCAGCUCGGAAGAGAACAAUACAUCGACAAGAUUAAAAGGUUAAGGAGCUCACACUGGAUUCGCGAUUAUGAGGUUUUGCCACAGAAGUUGGGAGGACAGCAUGAUGGAGGCCUUCCGGAGGUAUUCUUUGAUAGAACAUUCGUUGAUUUUCUCAAGGAUAACUUCAAACGUCUGAUAUGUGCUAUUGAUCGUGACCCUGGGCUUGAGAUCUCCGUCGUUACCAAUGGUAUUCAAAAAGGCAUAUCACGCGAAUUGGUUGACUCCUUACGCAGCCAACUCGAAGAUCGGAACGAAAUACUACAGAAAUUGGAAUCGGACGUGCUUGCUCUGCAACGUAAAUUCGACCAGGAGGCUCUUGAUCAUAAGAAAACGAAAGAAUCAACUGCUUUGGAACUGGCUAGGAUUAAGCAGAUAAACGAGGCUCUUCAAAGAAAUCAUGAGGAGGAACUAGCUAGGUUGGAUGAAUUACACAGACGCGCCAAGAACGAUUUACUGAAGCAGCACGGCGAGCAGCUUCGGGCUAUAGACAGCCAACUGAAAACCGUCUCGGCUGAUUACGAGAAAAAUGGCAUCAAAGCCAGAGAGCGUCACGAGGCCGAGGUCGCUGACCUGAAGCAGACAAUUCGAACACUGGAAUCUGACCUUACUAGCUCCAGAGAGCAACAUGCAGCUGAGGUUUCUAGCCUGAAGGAAACCGUCCAUACUCUGCAGUUAGCUAUCGUCAGUGCUAAGCAGGAACAUAAGGCUGAGUCAACGGAUCUGAAAAAUACGAUCCAGAAUUUGAAGGUAAGCUUCGACAAGGCCAACGAGAAGUCUGUGCAUGAUCUUCAAGCGGUGCAUGAAGAAUAUUCCGCCAAGUGCUCUACGCUAGAGAAGCGGGCCACAGAAGCAGAAAGCAAGACAGAAGGAACCCAGGCAACCCUGAAAGAGACCUCUGAAACUCUGAAGAAAGUUCAGGCAGAGCUGGAGAGAGUGCGGCUAGAGGCUAAGGCAAAGGAGGAAUCCAGUAAAAAGGUCCAGGCAGAGCUGGAUAAAGUCAAAUCGGAAGUCAAGGAGAAAGAAGAGGCCCGCAAGACAGCUCAAUCGGAACUCGAAGAUCUCCUUAUUGUAUUCGGUGACUUGGAAGCUAAGAGACACCAAGACAAGAAACGAUUAAAGGAUCUCGGUGAGGAAGUUUCUGAGGAUGAAGAUGAAGACGAAGAUGAAGACGACGAAGAUGAGGAAAAGGAAGUGGACUGAGAUGAUGAUGAAUAAAUACAUUCCAAAGAGGGUGUAUUCCAUGCAUGACUUUGCAUUACCUAUGGGCUCUUUGAGUAGCUACCUUCAACCAUGCACAGUUAAAAGUCGAGGCUGUAGCUAGUUGUAUGCUGAUACCCCAACUGCUAGUAUAAAUCCUUGUCUGAUACCA